UCUCCAUAACUUUGUACAGUCAGAUCAGAGAGAGAGCGACGCAAGCCGAAGUCCAGCGGGACGGGCUGAACUCCUCCACUUCAGGAUGUUUUACUGGGACUCUUACCUCAUAUCCGACUGUCGGCCCGCGGAGUACAGGCGGACACUUUGGAAAUAGCACGCUUUGGGAAAACUUUUGGCGGCUCUCUUUGCUAAUUUGGGAAUUGCUACUUGAGCAGACGGUUGCGGAGGUUAGCCGACGAAGCUAACGGGACUUGAAGUAAGAUAAUAAGUGCCAUUCAGCUGGGCUGUUCAACCUGGGACCACAUUCAGCUCCUUCUGUCAGAACCAGAACCUUCGUAGUACAGCAUGAAUAACAAUGUGCAGAACAUAAUUUGCAUAUCACUGCUGUUAUCUGAUAAGGGCGAUUCGUGAUUCGGCCGCUUCAGAAACCAAAAAUACUACUAUGAGGUUGUUGGGAAAUUUACCGAAGCAGGUGUAUUAUUAAGCCGUGACUCUUUAAUGUUGCAAAGAAUGUCCCACUCGGAAAGUUCCAGUUCAUCUUUCGGUUUGGAGGACCCGCAGUGGCUAUGCAUGGUCACCCUGUUCGUCGCAUCCCUGGUUACGCUGGCUCUGUACUUCAUACAGUAUUUCCAUCCCGGGCUCAUAGGAAGCAGGCAGAGAGCAGCAGCGGAGGACAAUGCGGCGGCGGAGGAGGAGGAAGCGGCGGCUCUGCUGGGAUGGGCGCUGUCAAAGCAAAGCUGGAAAAGCCAAUGGCGGGGAGCGUGGUGCAGGGCUUUGAAUGAAGAGGCAACCAAGCGUGGGGGCGAUCUGCUGUUGACGUUUGAAGAAGAUGGCGUCGAGGCACCAGAACUCACCGUCAGCGCCGUGUCCGGCUUUCAGAAAUCAGCCACAAACAAGGCCGCCUCCUGCAGCGUGGUUGGAGAGAAGCUUCAGUUCUCUCUCAGCGCAGCAUCCUCGGCCGGAGUGGAUCCUUGCAAAUAUACGGCAUGCAUAGCUCCAGUAGAGCUGCAGCUUCAGCUAAGCAUGCAGGAAGUCCAAGAUGAGAUCAAGGUGAGCUGGGAAGUGUCCCGUUUGGACACUGAGGGCCUGCACGUGACCCCCGACCUCACACAGGAUGCUGCAGCGGCCGUUAAGGACCAGCUGAGGCAGCUGCUGUGUGCGACUCGUCCCUCUGUGCUGCUGAGCUGCAGGCCUGCUCAGGCCUCACAGCGCAAGGAAGCUCACAACAAAGUGCUGUCGCCGCCAAAGCCCCCGCGCGCCCACGAGUGGAAGCUGCUUGUGAAAAACACUCGGGUCACACUCAGUCAGGAGGAAGAUGCUGCAGGCAGCGUGAAUCCUCUGUGUGUGCUGCAGCUGGACGAUCCCCCCCAGAGGUUUAGCACCUCUGUUUUGAAGAACACAACCAAUCCCACCUGGGAGCAGCCAUUCGUCUUUGAGCUGAACGGUCGAUCAAAGGAGCUUUCUGUUCAGUUGAUGAAUGAUGGUCAACCUCCGGAGAGUUCUCUACUAGGGAAGGUGUGUGUGCCUUUUGAUCUCGUGACGAAGCAACCCAAAGGACAGCAGACAUUUGCACUUAAGACCAAAGACUCUGUGACUGGAUCACUUACUACUGAGUUUACCUAUCUAGAGCCCAGUGAUGUGAGGUCCUGGCAACCGCCAACUCCAGCUGCCAGUAAGAGGGUGGAGAUGGACCGGACCGUGAUGCCCUGCGGCACCGUGGUCACCACCGUCACCGCUGUGAAGAGCAAGCCAGGACGACCUCUCCCACUCAACAACACUGUUUCUGUCUCGUCAGAGCCCGCCCUGAAGACGGUCGACAGCAAGGCCAAGCUAGCCGAGCGCCGGGUUUCAGAGCAGGUGUCCCCGCUGGGCGGCCCGGUGAGCAAGGCCUUAUCGUCCUCCGAUACGGAGCUGCUCAUGCUCAACGGGACUGACCCGGUGGCUGAAGCAGCGAUCAGACAGCUCCAUCAGUCUGCCAAGCAGAAGCUCAAAUCGCCGGUGAAGAAGAGCACCAUCAUCAUCUCAGGCAUCGCCAAAACGCCUUUGUCUCAGGAUGACGAACUCGCUCUGAUGGCGGGCUACGCGGCACAGAUGGACGCCUCGAUGUCGGAGAGUAGCUCCACCCAGGACGUGACCACGGCAGUCGCGUCGGGUACCAGUAGCGUUCCUGAGGGGUCUGAGCCCCAGGAGGGCCCCACCGGAGUCGGCCGGCCCCCAGAAGACUGGGAGAGUCAAACUGAAGAAGUGCUAGAUAACACGUCGUUGUCCAUGUGUGUGUCUGAGGCGAGCUGCAAGAAAAGCAGAGGGAGCUUCCUUCAGAAGAGCGCCAAGCUCUUCUUCCGGCGUCGCCACCAGCGCAAAGAGCCGGGGAUGAGCCAGUCGCACAACGACCUGGCUUACCUCGAGUCUCCGGCCGCAGUGGAGCGGGCCAGCAGGACCGCCACGCUUAGCCGCAUGCUCGUCCGCCACAGCAAGAGCAGCAAGAACAAGAGCAAAGCUAACGGCUCGACUCCCUUGGGGGAUCCGCACAUGUGACCUCAGCCUCUCUCACACCUACCAUCAUCCCCUCCAUGUUAAAGAUGCACUGGCACAACAUCAAGGCUAACCUUGCUCCCCGCUAACGCCUAGCCUGCAGACAGGAGCCGCUGCACUGUGAACAGGAAGGCUGGGACAGCCUUUCCUUGUGACGUUCAACAUAAGUACUUCCUGUAAAGAGCUGACAUUUUACAAACUGCAUGAGUUUACACGUGAACCUGUCCAGGGUCGUCGGCCGGUAUCAUUUAGCUUGGUUUCUUUUCAUCUAUUUUUUUUUCUUUUUUAUACUGCAGUCGGGAAUAUUAAGUGCUUUUACGGCCCCGUCACCGACCGAUUGGGACCGAUGCGGGCCGUCUUGUCUUUACCUCACCGACGCAGAAAUUCUCCCUGCUGUACGCCGCUGGGUUUCCUACGGCGGAUCAGCAGCACCAAAGAUGAAGAGCAGAGCGCUGCUUGGAUGAAUCGCAGAGUCGAGUAACUUGAAUUGACCGUGCGAUGACACGGUUAAAAUUGUUUGCAAAGGGAGAUCAGCAUCAACAGAUCCCGACUUUAACACUAACGUUACAAUAUGAACGGGUUGAUAUUGAUAUUGACAAAUCAUGAAAUUUGUCUUUCAAUAUGCAUUUGCAGUGGAUGCAAAAUCUCUUACAACCCACCUCCCUUUUUUUAACUUAUUUUCUCUGAAUGAAAAGGAAAUGUGAUGAUGAUGAUGAUGAUAAAUCUAGUGUAGCAUGAGUAAGACAUUAAUUUGCAAUCUAAACAUGUUUCACAAGUGAGACCUAACUACACUGAAAGCAUUGCGUAAAGCAGUUUUCUUUUUACAAAAUUAGCUGUUUCAGUUGAAUUAUUGGUUGUAGAGAGGUUAUGUUAUCGUGUACCACUAGCUUUUAUCACAGCAGCAUGCGUCCAGCUCGCUGUGAUAAUUUAUGUCUAGUCUUCCUAAAAAAUUCCUCCGGUUCACUACUGGUGUCAGUGGUAGGCCUGUCGCAGUAACAAAUUUUGCCGAGCGUUUAACUGCCUCAAAUAUUAUUGCGAUAAACGAUAAUAUUGUUUGAAGACCAUUUUAAACUGAUGUAAUGGUAAUGGCAUAAUAAUGCAAGAGAUAUCAUGCCAAAAAUAAGUACACUUUAUUUUUAAAAGAACAUUUAACACUGGAACUGGUAGACAACAUAAACCAAAGUGGAAAUAAAAACUACAUUCAACCAAAAGAGAACAGAUUAUGAAGUCUGUAUACUAUAUUGCCCUUCAAUAAUCAUUAGAUUUAGAUACAGAAGAUGGGCACAAAGACUAUCUGAUGCAAUAGUUCACACUACACGAUUUUUUCCCCUUACAACAAUCUUAGAACGUCUAACAUUUUAAGAUUGGACUUGCUAUAAUCGCAAUCGAUCAUCCUGUAGUGUGUGGUGUGUUCCGACUGACUGGGUCCAGUCGGUCCGCUUCGAUCUAAAUCAGGCAUAUUCAACAUGUUGGAUUGUCUUGGCCAGUUUAUCACUGCAGCGUGGGGGGGUUUUCCUGACUGGGAGCGAGAACGCAGCCUGUUGAAUGUGACAGGUAGCCAAUCAGAAAGCGGGAGGGGAA